CCAUAUCGCAUCUAUCAAACCCACGAUUUCCUUGCCGGCAUUCGAGGAAUCUCGUGGAAUUUUUCGAUUCCACUGCCGGGUUCGUUUAACUUUCGUUUAACUUUCUCGCUGUGGACAGUGCCUCGGAUCUUCACCAGUCGAGUGGGAGCCAUGUGUCCGAGUAGUACACUUUCUUUAUCGUGUUCAUCCUGUGUGUCGUUAAAAAAAAUACUCUAAACUAUCUGCUCCGCGCUGUCCACCUUCGCAGUGAAAAUAACCGUACGGUUCGCUUAAAGAGAACGAGGGAAAACUUUUGCUUGCGUAUGCUGAAAUUGUUGUCAAAAUUAAAUCGAAGAAGCUGCGAUCCUGUGAAACUAAACUGAGAAAUUGUAGUCGUGUAAAAAGUACAUUAAAGAAUCGAAUUGAAGAAUUGAAAUUGCGUAAAAAGUAAAUUGAGGGAUUAAAUUGAAAAAUCGAAAUUGUGUAGAAAGAAAAUUAAGGGGAUUAAAUUGAAAGAUUGAGAUUGUGUAAAAGGUAAAUUGAGGGAAUUAUAAAUUGAAUAGUCGAAAUUGUGUGAAACAAAAAUUGAAGGAUUAAAUUGAAGAAUCGUGAUUGUGUAAAAAGUAAAUUCAAAAAUCAUAAUUGUGUAAAAAUGAAAUCGUAAACAUUGUAAAUGCUUUGCGUUGUUUAGAAAGUCGAUAAAGGAAUUGCAAUUGUGUAAAAAUUCAACUGGGUUACGACGUGCAAAAAUUACGUUCGACAAUUAUAAUUGUAGAAUUGUUUUCGAAAUGGGCAUGUACUUGAACUCGUUCGUGGAGGAGCGGUCCACAUGCAGGAAAAGCGAUAAGAUCAUCGCAUCGAACGUGAUACAACAGAUCCAUCAAGUGUCGCGUGAGAAACGAGGAGAGUCUUAUGGGAGAUUCAAGGGAUUCCGUGGCUGCACCGUAUGGUUAACGGGACUUUCUGGUGCUGGGAAGACUUCGAUCUCGUUCCAACUCGAGAACUACCUCAUUUCUCAGGGGAUACCAGCCUACAGCCUGGACGGCGACAAUAUCCGGCGAGGGUUGAACAGGAACUUGGGUUUCACGAAAGAGGAUCGCGAAGAGAACGUUCGCAGGGCAGCGGAGGUUGCCAAGUUGUUCUCCGACUGCGGCGUGGUGGCCAUUUGCAGCUUCGUUUCGCCAUUCGAGGACGACAGAAGACUGGCCAGGAAGAUCGUCGAGGAACACGAUUUAAAGUUCUUCGAGAUCUAUGUGGAAGCGUCGUUGGCCAUCUGCGAAGCAAGGGACGUUAAAGGAUUGUACAAGAAGGCGCGGGAAGGGAUGAUUCGCAGUUUCACUGGGGUUGGGCAGCAAUACGAGGUGCCUAGGCAGCCGGAUUUGAUCGUGAACACGGAAGUUCGUAGCGUGGAGAAGUCGACGAACAUGGUGAUCGAUUUGUUGGAGAGGGAAGGAAUUAUUCCAAGGAUUCCCAGGGAUGUCGAGGAGCUUUUCGUCGCCAGCGAGAGGGUCGAGGCAGUUAAACUCGAAGCAGAGAAUCUUCCGAGUAUCGAAAUUAGUAACGUUGACUUACAAUGGGUCCAAGUGCUGGCCGAGGGUUGGGCGACACCCUUAAGAGGUUUCAUGAGAGAGCAGGAGUACUUGCAGUGUCAACAUUUCAAAACUCUGGAACAAAACGGCGGUGUUAUCAAUCAGUCGAUACCCAUCGUACUUCCGGUCACCGCGACCGAGAAGCAACGAUGCAACGACGCGCCAGCAUUGACCUUGAAGCAUCAAGGUCGUCCUGUGGCAAUUUUACGCAGUCCUGAAUUUUUUGCACACCGGAAGGAAGAAAGGUGUUCCAGGGAAUUUGGAACCAGCGAUCCAGGCCAUCCACAUGUUAAAAUGAUUCAGAACUCAGGCGACUGGCUGGUCGGUGGGGAGCUUGAAGUUUUUGAAAGAAUCCGGUGGAACGAUGGCCUGGAUGAUUACAGGCUCACCCCCAACGAGAUACGGAGGAAGUGCAAAGAAAUGGGCGCCGACGUCGUUUUCGCGUUUCAAUUGAGGAACCCGGUGCAUAACGGCCAUGCGCUUUUAAUGCAGGAUACGAGAAAGUACCUCGUGGAGGAAAGAGGCUUCAAGAAACCGGUCCUUCUGCUGCAUCCGCUGGGAGGAUGGACGAAGGAGGACGACGUGCCGCUGCCGAUAAGGAUAAAACAACACCGUUGUGUUCUGGAAGAAGGAGUUCUACAUAAGGACACAAUUCUCGCCAUUUUCCCAAGUCCGAUGUUGUACGCUGGACCCACUGAGGUGCAGUGGCAUGCCAAGGCAAGGAUGAUGGCCGGUGCUGAUUUUUACAUUGUCGGACGUGAUCCUGCUGGUUUGCCUCAUCCUGACAAAUCCAAAACUCCGGAUGGUGGCUUGUACGACGGGACGCACGGAUCCAGAGUGUUGUCAAUGGCGCCGGGUCUCCAAAGUUUGGAGAUAAUCCCAUUCAGAGUGGCGGCAUUCGAUAAGAAGUCGAAGAAAAUGUCGUUCUUCGAGCCCCAGCGAUCUCAGGACUUCAUUUUCAUAUCGGGGACUAAGAUGCGAGAAUUGGCGAAAUCCGGAGAAAAUCCGCCGGAAGGAUUUAUGGCGCCGCGGGCUUGGAGAGUAAUGGCGGAUUAUUACGCAGAUCAACCUACAGAAGAUUGAAGUGUAGACACUAUAGACUGCAGCUCUCUAUGCAAAUAUAAAUAUUCAAGUGAAGUUUCUUUUACAAGAUUUCGCUGGACUCCGAUAAAAAUGGCAAUCUCACUCAACCAACACAAAUAUUUUUCCAUGUCACGUUGUUCCACACACACAAGAGGAAUUAUAAUAAAUUAUUAUUAUAAAUGUGUAACGCCUGCAGUCUAGUAAACAUACAUUGCAAUUUGUAAAUGAUUAUUUUUGUAAGCGUAAAAUAUUUGCAUCUUGCCCGUUAAUUAACACUUUACCUGCCAAAAGUGACUUCGCAAAUUCUAGAAAAAACAUUUGUCAUUUGCGACAGCAAAUCUAUUCAUAGAUCGAUAUAUUAUUUCAAUUUUUCCCCGGUACAGCACAAUCGUUGAAACGUUCAUUGGUUCCAGUAGGUAAAGUGUUAAUCACGAUUAAUAUAUGUAUAAAUAAGAAUAUAUAAUAUAUACAUGUUAUUUCUGCGAAAUAAAGUCGCCAGAAAAUUCAUUGCAAAA